AUGCCAAAUACCAUUCCUUCAACACCGGUCUCGCCUCGACUCGAGCAAGAGUCUUUCAGCAACAUGUCCAAUUCCUCCAUCACCGGCUGGAAAGCCUACGAAUACUACCCCUCCCUCGGCGCCGCGGUCCUCUUCAUCCUCCUCUUCCUCACCAUAACCAUAUUGCAUACCUUCCACCUCUUUCGAACACGAACAUGGUUCUUCAUUCCGAUGGUGAUAGGUGGAUACUUCGAAACAGUCGGAUACAUCGGCCGCGCCAUGUCUGCUAAACAAUCGCCUAAUUGGACGACGGGCCCUUAUAUCAUCCAGAGCACAUUACUACUCAUCGCGCCAGCACUAUUCGCAGCUAGUAUCUACAUGGAGCUAGGACGGAUUAUACUCCUAGUAAAGGGUCAGAGUUUCUCUCUGGUUCCGAUUAAAUGGACAACGAGUAUAUUCGUUGGUGGAGAUGUUUUGAGUUUUUUGAUGCAGGCUUCUGGUGCCGGUUUAAUGGUCUCAGGAUCCAGCGGCGACGGAUCAUCCGCAAAAACCGGGCAAAACGUAAUUAUCGGCGGCUUGUUCGUGCAGAUUAUUUUUUUCGGAUUCUUCCUUAUAUCCGCCCUCGUUUUCCAGCGCCGACUCGUCUCGAAUCCCUCUGCGUUGUUGGCGGCGGAUGCGCUGCCCUGGCGUAAACAUAUGUUUGCGCUACACACGUCCAGCGUGUUGAUUCUGAUUAGGUCUGUUGUGAGGGUCGUCGAAUAUGUGCAGGGCACCGGUGGGUUUUUGAUGAAGAAUGAGGUGUUUAUUUAUGUGUUUGAUGGAUUACUGAUGUGGGUGAUGAUGGUUAUUUUUGCUGUUAUUCAUCCGAGUGAGGUAAAUGUUUUGCUUGGGAGGAGUCGGAAGAUGACGAGGGGGUUCGGUCUUGGUGUUGUUGAUAUGGUGCCGUUGGUGAAUCGGGCGUAG